AUGAAUUUAGUGCCAGAGGGAGUACUCAACCGGGCACAGAUUCUCAAGGUGCCGCGCAAAGGGCUGUUCAUAUACCAAUGCAAUGAAUGUCGCGAUGAUCAAAAGAAGAGAGAAUACUUUCUUUUCAAAUGCGGGAGUUCAGAUAAUGCAAUUCUUACAAUGGAAUUGUGCGCUGAGGAUUUGGACAAAAAUAUUUUGUUGGGGAUGUAUUAUUCAGGCCCUUGGGGUAAAUUAAUAUUUCGAAAUAAUAAACAAAUUUUUAAAGGACAAACAUCAAAGAAUUUGAAAUAUGAUCAACAAACAUCGAGCUUUGAAAAAGGUAUAGAAUUUUGA